AUGGCGUCCCCUCAAUCUUCAUUAGACCCCGCAAAUCAACGUGGCGGCCCAGAGUUCUCGGAAAGUAAGGCUAUGCCUCAACUGGAUACACUCAUCUCGCAGCUCGUCGCAGCCAAACGCUCCCUCUCCUCGAUCAACCAUGUCUGGCGCGCCAACGAAAUCGUCACUGCGGCACGUUCGGCCCUCGAAGAAAGCGUGAUUAUGUCAUCGAGGACAGGCUUCCUACGUCGUGGACUUGAUAAUCAACUGCGACUGCUUUACGAUGUUCGGUCGGAGGUGGAGCAUAUCUCGUUUCGUGGCCGAGAGGGCUUCUCAGAUGCUUUGAGAAGCCUUGAUGUCGCAGAUGCUCGUCUCCGAGGUACAUUGGAUCUCUUGCGAAAUACCAUCGUCCAUGCUUCAUUUCGGCCCAGGGAUGAAGAACCCAAGUCUCUACACGACUUCGUCGACGAGCGAGGCGUCGAAGAGCUACAUGCAGCCAUGAAAAGCUCCAUUGACAGGACAAAUGCUGCACUGGCAGAACUUGAUACAUCUAACCGCGAGUUUGAUGACGAGCUUCAUUCGAUCAAACAAGCACUUCGCCAUUAUCGAUCGGCUACUAAGCUAGCCUCUUCACGAGCCUCUACAGCUUCAUCUUCAUCCUCGACAUCAGACUCAGAUCUGCUCGCCUUAUCGACGAUGCCCAAAAUGCUCCAGUCAUUGGAGGGUCAUGCACAGGAAAUGGCUGGUCUUCUUGAAUCCCUCGUUCGCCACUUUGAUCUUUGUGUUACUGCCGUGAAGCACACGGAAGGUGGGGGUGCGGCCGCUCGAUCUAUUACCGGAGAUAUGCCAGCGGAAGUCCAGACGAGUAAUGAUGCGAUGCCACACAUUGGCGAGGAAAUCCAUGCAAAUUUGAAUGCUCCUCUAGACCCGCUAAGUAAUUCAGAGUACCUGGAGAUGGUGAAUGUGCUCCUGAAAGAUGCCCUCGAAGCAGAGGACGUUGUGAUGGAAAUUCAAGAUCGCAUUAACGAAAUGGAAUCGAUCCAUGAGCAAGUGAACGCACAGCGAGAUGUGCUCUUAGCGAUCUCGAAUGCCACGCUCGAGGUCCAUCGGCACCUGUCAACCCUGGCGUCGACCCGCCUACCGCAGUACAUCUCUCAGGCACACAACUUCACCGGGGUCUGGAACGAAGAAAAUGACCGUAUAAAUACCGGUCUAAUUGAACUAUCUGACCUACAUUCUCUCUACGAUGGGUUCCUGAAUGCUUACGACAGCCUGAUUCUUGAGGUCAAUCGCCGGAGCCAGAUUCGCUCUCGUGUGGAAAAGGUCCUUCGAGAUACAAGGAACAAACUAAACCAUCUGUAUGAUGAAGACGUUACUGCACGUGAAGCAUUUCGCGUUGAACAGGGUGAUUUCCUCCCGUCAGAUAUCUGGCCAGGCAUUGGCCGAGCUCCCAUGCAAGUCCAGUUUCUGCGUCUUGCGGGUGGUCAGCUAGAAGGUGUUCUUCAGGAAUCACAAGGCCCCGAACUGCCGAUUGAAGCCCAAGCAGCCGCAAGCACGAAGCCCAAUGCUAUCGAUGAUACCGCAGAGGGUGAAGCGAUUCCAAGCCUGCCAAAGGAUGUCAUUGACCAGGCAUAUACGCGACUCAAAGCGCGAACACGGGCCUUUGCUUAA